AUGAAGGUUGGGCAGCAAGGUCAGGGUGCAGGUGAGGUCACAGGUAGGAAGGUCAACAGUGGGGGUCGGGAAGUGGUCGGUGAAGGUGAGUGGUGUCGGGUGGAGCUGCUGGCCGCUGGUGGUCGCAAGGAGGCUAGCAGGGGGCCAGGCCGGUGGGGGUCGGGAGCUAGCAGGGGGCUGAAUAAAAUAGCCCACGAGGGCCAGAACGGGGCCGAUGGUGGUUGUACGGGGCCUGCAGCAUGGCAGGGGCCCUAUGGUACCCUACGUACCGUCCGAAUGAUGUCAGGCAUGGAGUUGACAAGUGUGUGCUUGUUGCUCAUCACAACUUUCACUGGAUUAUUCACUUUCAUUCAUUCAAAUCCAGACGGCUUCCUUAACAUCAACUGUGGCGCCAUUGCUAACGGAACAGACCAGAAGGGCCUACUCUGGAUUUCCGAUUCCCCUUUCAUUAAGACUUGCAACGUUUGGAGGACGAGUUCAACAGAAACCAUGGGAAUGAGAUUCUGGACACUGACCUAUUUUCCGAGCAGUAUGUCAGUGAAAAAAUAUUGCUACCUGUUGCCUGUGAAGCCUCGUGUAAACUACCUAGUAAAAGCCACUUUCGGUCGUGAUUACACAAUUCCUUUGGCGAAUUUCUUUGAUUUACUUAUCGAGGGAAUCAAGUGGACGAAUGUAGACCUAUCCGGUACAGACAAUGAGAGUUACAUAUCUCACGAGAUCAUCUUGGCCGCAAAAAGCGAGAGUCUGAGUUUAUGCCUUGCGCGUAAUGCUCAAACAGAACAAAAUCAUUCUGUUUACAUUUCAAGAAUUGAGCUGCGGCCACUCGAAUCUUCUAUGUAUAAUUCAACGGAUUUGCAGAAGAGUGCCUUAGAUCUCGUAGGGCGCAUAAAUUUUGGUGCAUCCUCUUGGUUACUGUACCCAGAUGAUCCAUUUGACCGCGCAUGGUCAUGGACAGUAGUAGCUGCGGGCGAAGUGAAUAUUACAGCUGAGGACGAGCAGACAAAAUCUUUAGGAAUGGAGUUAGUGAAUAAACCGCCCGUGAACGUAUCAAGGACUGCUAUUGCGAUGGAAAAAGUGGCCGAUAUGACUAUAUCAGACGAACAUCUGGAUGUAUCUGUCCCAGGAAUUUACUCUUUCGCGCUUUAUUUCUGCAACAUCAUCCAGACAAACCGCACACAGAGUUUUGCUCCCUUUAUUAACGAAAACCAAAUAUCAGAUCUCGUCGAGCUUAAUUUUUUGCAGUGCCUACAAGCAAAUAAUGAGUUACAACUGAACCCUCCCGAUCCUAUAAACAUAAUUUUACGUCCCAGUCCUGAAUCGGAGUUGGGACCAUUCAUAAAUGCAGCAGAAAUGUAUAGGAAGUUGGACUUACAGACAACCACAUACUCUGGAGAUGUGGUUACUAUUAGAAAAAUAGCAGAGGCAAUAAGUGUUCCAGACGAUUGGACAGGAGGAGAUCCAUGUUUACCAGCUGAUUAUUCAUCUACAGGGAUAACCUGCAGCCAAGACGAUCCUCCGCGAGUCAUUAUCAUAGAUCUAACAAGCAUGCAUCUCAACGGCAACAUACCAACAAAAAUAGCAGACUUAUCAGCACUAACAAAGUUGCUGCUAGGAAAUAAUAAUUUGUCAGGUGAUAUUCCGGACCUCAGUUCAUUGAAGAAUCUUACUAUACUGCAACUGCAAAACAAUAAACUGACUGGAGAAAUUCCAAGAUCAUUGGGGCAGCUUCAAAUGUUAAGUCAACUAUUUCUACAGGACAAUAAAUUGGAGGGAACCGUUUCAGAAGGAUUAGUGAGACCCGACUUGGACCUUCGUGUUGAUCCUCAAAAUAAUAUUCGGGCAGGCACUGGCGCCCGCAAAAUUAAAGGUUGGGUAAUCGGAGCUUUAGUUGGGUGUUCGGUGGUGUUAGUUUUAGUCGUUCUUUCUGCAAUUUUGCUAUGGAGGCACAAACACCCAUCGCAGCCAUUUCCAAGCAUAGAUGUUCCAACCCUAUCUAAACAACAGAUAUUUGCAGGUGUUUCCCCAAUCUGUAGUAUGCAGAAAACAGUACCGCCGUUAGUAUUUCUGUUAUCAAAUAGGCAUGUUUUUUUUUUCUCCCUGUUUGGCACCUUGAAGAGUAAUUUCUUUAUUUCUUCUUUCUCAGAUGAAAAAAAACAAAAUGAUUAUCACAGGCAGGCUAUAGAAUACACAGAGGAAGAUAUCAAAACUUCUACCAAUAACUAUUCCACACUUAUUGGGAAGGGAAGCUUUGGAUCGGUAUUUUAUGGCAGACUUUCAGGAUAUGAUGUUGCGGUCAAAAUACUCGAGACAGGUUCUAGUCAAGGUCAGCAAGAAUUUCAGAAUGAGGUAGCCAUACUGUCAAGAAUAUAUCAUAAGCAUCUUGUAAAUCUUAUUGGGUAUUGCAGACAGUCCAUAAUAGCAUUGGUCUAUGAAUACAUGCCGUGUGGAACACUGACUGAUCAUCUAUAUGGCGUAGCCAAAUUGAAAACUCCACUUGAUUGGCAUAUGAGAUUGAAUAUCGCUCGACAGGCCGCCGAUGGUUUGCUCUACUUGCAUCAGGGUUGCUAUCCUCCAAUCAUACACAGAGAUAUAAAGUGUAGUAAUAUACUGUUGGAUAACAGAAUGUCUGCCAAGCUAGCUGACUUUGGCAUAUCAAAACUGGUAGAGAGUUCCUUUGGUGAUAUAUCAAGCGAAGUGAAAGGAACCAUGGGUUAUCUUGAUCCUGAAUACUUUACAACAUCAUCAUUAAAUGAGAAGACCGAUGUCUACAGUUUUGGCGUGGUUUUAUUGGAGAUUAUUUCUGGAGUAUCACCCAAGGAUGGAAUAGUAAAAUCGGCACACAAUAUGCUUUCAUGCGGCAAACUGGCAGAGCUUAUGGAUCCUUCAUUGAGUGGCCGAUAUGACGUAGAAUCAGCUUGGAAAGUUGCAGAGAUAGCAUACCAGUGCGUGGAAAAGGAAUCAACGAAUAGACCCAAGGUCAGUGCGGUGGUGAAAGAAUUGGAAGAAGCUGUGAAACUUGCAUAUGCUGAUAAAAAUUAUUCAGCUUCACAUACCGUGGCCACAUUUAAUAUUGGUGGCAUGCCGAGCCUUAGGUAG